AUGGCGUCGACAGACCCACCUGCCGAGAGGAGGAGGCCUGCUCCUCCGCUGCCGUCCCCUAUUGUCCACCUCUCCUUCAGCAGCGACGCGUCCUGCUUCGUCGUCGCCGGCACCUCCAGCGUGCAUUGGCUUUCAUGCGACACCUUCAGCCUGCGUGGCCUCUACCAAGAAAAAGAUGCCAGAAAGACCAUCGCCGCAGCGGCCGGCGAUAUGCUUAGCCUCAAGGAAUCAGCAUGCGCCACCGUGAGCCGCGUCAACAGCACCAAGUUCUUCAUCCGGCGUUGGAAGCCGGGAUACAUGAACUACCACUGGCGGUACUUCGAGGGGGAGAAGACAUACACCGGAGGCGAAGAUGACGUGCGGGCAGUGCGUGUCCACGGCGCGAAGACCGUCGUCGUGCUCGUUGACCGGCUGGAGGUGCUCGGCUGCAGGACCAAGGACACCGAGGACAAAGAGCUUUGGUUGCUGCACUCGGUGGUGACCGGGGGCAAUCCCCUUGGCCUCUGCGCCGUGUCGUCAGGCGCGUCCUUCGCGUUCGUGUGCCCCGGCGCCAGGGAUUGUGAGGUGCACGUCGAGCGGUGGUUGGACGAGGGGGAGGUCGCGGCGCCCGUGGUGGCCAUACGUGCACACUCUUCCCGCCUUGCGUCCAUUGCCAUGUCUUGCGACGGCCGGCUCGUGGCCACAGCUAGCGUCAGGGGCACCCUCGUGCGCAUCUUCAGCGCCACCGACGGUGCGUUGCUCCAAGAGCUGAGGAGAGGCAGAGACCGAGCAGACAUCCACUGCAUCGCCUUCUCUCUGGAUUCAAAAUGGUUGGCGGUCAGCAGCGACAAGGCAACCGUGCACGUGUUCAGCGUCAAUAUCGAUUUGCCAAGCCUGACACCGGAGGACAGCAACAGUCCCGGCGGUCUCCAAGCAGCCCCGGCGCCGUCGUCUCCAGCAGUAGCUACAGCCAACAAGAGGUCGUUGUUGUCGUUCGCUGGAGGAUUCUUGCCGGGCUAUUUCAGUUCAGAAUGGUCGUCGACUCAGAUCCGCGUCCCUGAAGGCACCAAGUACUUGGUCGCGUUCGGCAGUCAGCCAAACACCCUUCUCAUCCUCGGCAUUAAUGGACGCUUCUACCGGUGCCGAUUCGACCCGGAAAAAGGAGGCGUAGUGGACGUGCGGCACAAAGGGACGCCUUGUGGGAGUGUGGGACAGGACGUGGAGUGCAUCAACUUCAUGAAUCCGAGCAAGAAAACAUCUAAUUCGAAGCCAUAA